CUGUAGGUACAAGGACGGCAACAAGAUACUUCUAUGGUUGGCAUUUCGCCCCCAGAUUGAAGUGGGUGGCACAGUCGUUUUGCCUUCCCUUAUCGGCACACAGGAUCGAAAAGUGUGGCAGGUCGAGGGCCAUGGCUUGCGGGGCUGAACUUAUUAACGGACCAGUCAGAUGAUUUUGGCUAAGCCAUCGCUAACGUACUCGGUUACGGUUGGCCCGCGACGCGCCUUCGGCCUGCUGAGCCUAUUCCAAUGUUACAUCUGUGUUUCUUAACCCUCCCACGACGGCUAUCGGCUAAAUGCAUAGCGAUCCAAGGUCAUGGAGGCACUCGCUCGCAUGCAUGCCUGCGAAGGCAGCUGCCUUUUGCUCUCCUGGCCAGCGCAAUACCACUCCUAUGGCCGACGGCCGAUCACUUUAGAAAAUAUUGUUCUGCUUCAUUUUACACAGUGCUUGUCUAUGCAGUGCCAAUAUUCUCGAUCUGCUUUCUGACGACAUUUUACUACGCAGUCUAUGUCGAAAAUCUGUAUAGCUUUCGCACAAGCAACCUCGCAAACCUUUGUCGCCUGGCAACUGGCUCGAGAUAGCGUGAAAUAUGG